CAGUUGUCAUGCGAUGCUUCUUCCUACGGAAUAGGCGCAGUUUUGUCACACGUUUUUCAAGGCCAAGUUCAUCCAAUAGCCUAUGCUUCACGAACGUUAACAAAAGCUGAACAAGGUUACAGUCAAUUGGAGAAAGAAGCAUUAGCGCUUGUUUUUGGAGUCAAGAAGUUCCAUUACUAAGUUUACGGACGGAAGUUUGUGUUGCUCACGGAUCACAAGCCACUUGAGACGAUCUUUGGCCCCAAAACAGGCAUUCCUGCCAUCGCAGCUGCCAGACUGCAACGCUGGGCAGUCACGCUUUCUGCAUAUUCUUUUUCUUUGCAGUAUCGCCCUUCAGCGCAGAACGUGGACGCUGAUUGCUUAUCGCGCCUUCCAAUCCAGCAACCGGGAACAGACGGGGCAACAGAAAAUUUUCUGGUUUUGCGUUUAGACAGCAUGCCCGUCUGCAGUAAACAGAUCGCAGAGGAAACUGCACGGGAUCCAGUGUUCCGUCAAGUAGUGCAGUACAUCUUGUCAGGCUGGCCUGCUAACGUAUCUGCGAACCUGAAACCUUUUUUCUGCAGGAAACUAGAGCUUUCUUUAUAUCAAGGUUGUGCCAUGCUGGGAAUGCGUGUGGUGGUACCAGAAAAAUUACGUAAAUUUGUCCUAGAUGAAUUACAUGAGGGGCAUCCGGGAGUGGUGCGCACCAAAGAGCUUGCAAGAAGCUAUGUGUGGUGGCCAAAUAUCGAUCAGGACAUAGAGAGAUGUGUCGGCUCUUGUCACGCAUGCGCAGAGACACGCAGUUUGCCAGUGAAAGCGCUGCUCCAUCCAUGGUCCUGGCCGACGCGUCCUUGGCAACGCCUACACAUGGACUUUGCAGGUCCAAUAAAAGAUUUGGAUUUCCAGAAACACUCGUGUCCGACAACGGAAGCCAGUUCAUUUCUGCAGAGUUCCAAGCCUACCUCAAGCACAGGGGCAUUCGGCACGUAAGAACCGCACCGUAUCACCCAAGUAGCAACGGACUGGCUGAACGUUUUGUUCAGACUUUGAAGUCAGCGCUCCGCAAGACCAGUCCGAGGAGCGCCAGUGAAGAGUUAGCCGACUUCCUUCUGACGUAUCGUAAUACGCCUCAUGCUACGACAGGGGAGGCCCCUUCCACUUUGCUCCUGGGGAGACGCCUGCGGACCAGACUAGACCUCAUACGACCAGCGGUCGAGAACAGAGUGCGCCAGCGCCAGUUCGACCAGACAAGGCGUCACCCGUGUCGUGACAACGUCAUCGCUGUUGGUGAUGCCGUUCGUGUGCGCAAUUUCCGAUCGGGACCAAAGUGGCUGUGUGCAACAGUUCUUGCCCGUACGGGACCAGUGUGAUAUCGGUUAAGUGUAGUGACUCCGCGUGGUGUGUUCCAGUGGGUGCGUCACCAAAAUCACAUCCGCAACGAUAACACCGGCAUCGCCACGGAGUUCCAACUACCCUUCAGUGAAAGGCAGCAAGAAGUUCCCGCACAGGUCUCGGCCUGCGACUCAUCACAUGACGUCGACAGCUCGCCCACCGCACAAAGUGAACCGGCGGACACUUCAAACGCUCCUAGCGAACGUCGCUACCCGCAGAGACAGCGUCGCCCACCUGAUCGCUUUGUACCGUGAACUUUUUGGACAAUGCUUGGGGAUCCAAAUAAGUGUGGGGGGAUGUCGCAUAUCUGUACACGUGUGCUUGCGCGAUACUCUGUCACGCGGCCCAUAUCGCAACACCCUCGCCCACGAUGUGAAUAAAAGCGCUUGGCGCGCGGUGGGGCGGGGGGCACUUUUCCUUCGGCACUCUUGGUUAUCGCUAUG